CGCGCAUGACGUCAUCAAACAUUUCUCGUGCCACAUUCACCAAACGGCGCGAGGGCAUACAUACGUUCUCGGUUUAUUUUCUCAGUUCUCGUUUUGUGCUCUGCUGUCACAUUGGACCCUAUAGCUGAUUUUAGGCUUCCCCCAGCCGUCUGCAGAAAGUUUGUUACCGUGAAGAGUUCACUGGUCGGCAGCUAAAGAAAGAAGCCUGGUCAGCUGGUCAAGCCUGUGGAUUUCUUCUGGCACUUGGUUUCACGCACAUACCAAAAGCACGCGCACCACUGAUCCACACAAGUGGCGUGCACCUAAAGACGCCUCAAACAGCUUCGCCGUCUCGUGAAACGAAAACAUGGGGAAGCAGAACAGCAAGCUCCGCCCUGAAGUGAUGCAGGACCUGUUGGAGAGCACGGACUUUACGGAGCAUGAGAUCCAGGAAUGGUACAAAGGCUUUCUACGGGACUGUCCCAGUGGCAACCUCUCCAUGGAGGAAUUUAAGAAAAUCUACGGAAACUUCUUUCCUUAUGGAGAUGCCUCAAAGUUUGCAGAGCACGUGUUCCGUACUUUUGACGCGAAUGGCGAUGGCACGAUAGACUUUCGGGAGUUCAUAAUUGCAUUGAGCGUCACGUCACGAGGGAAGCUGGAACAAAAGCUCAAGUGGGCGUUUAGCAUGUAUGAUUUGGAUGGAAACGGAUACAUCAGCAAGUCAGAGAUGCUUGAGAUUGUGCAGGCGAUUUAUAAGAUGGUAUCAUCAGUGAUGAAGAUGCCAGAGGAUGAGUCCACACCUGAGAAGAGAACAGAGAAGAUCUUCAGACAAAUGGACACUAACCGGGAUGGAAAACUGUCUCUGGAGGAGUUCAUCAAAGGGGCAAAGAGUGACCCGUCCAUUGUGCGUCUGCUACAGUGUGACCCCAGCAGUGCAGGACAGUUCUGAGAUCAGCCUCCUCUCAUGCUUCAACCUUUUAUUUAUUUAUGGGUUUUAAUUUAGUUUUUGAUAUAGUCGCAGGGAAAUGAUGGAGGGUCAGGUUUUUUUCCAGACUAGGGCAUCUGGGUCUCAUCAGACUGAGCUUGGCCAGAUCUAGUAACACACACCCGUGUGCGCGCACAGAGUUAUUGGCUGCGUUGUCUCUGUAGGGAGCCGCAGGAGGCCCGUGAUGGAGUGAAUUAGAGGAACUAGAGCAUUCAUCUGAGCUCGAAACACUUCCUGAUUAGAAAAGAGGUUUCAUGUCACGUUAAGUACGUAGUUUUAUUCUUAUUUUCUCUCUGUAUUAGAUGCGCCAGUUUUAACAAAGGCAGGAAUUUAAGAUGGGGAAUGGAGAAGAUCAUGUUUUAUUCCCAUUUCUUUUUUAAUGAAUAAAUCUGAUGCCUGAAUCGUUGCUCAAGCAGUGGCAUCACAUUAGUUUUUGUGUGUAAACACCUCAGCCUUAGUGAUCCGAAUUUUGGGGGAGUUUUUAACUUUAUUUAGAUUAGAUUUUAUCGUUUCGAUCAACUCAUAGUUUGGCCAGCUUAAUAUUGGCAGAUCACAGUAUUAUUAUCCAGUGGGACCAAUAAAUCAGGCAUGCAGAUUUUUGUAAUCGUACACGGAAGAUUCCCCGCAUUAUGCUUACGAUCUAAAGAGCCUUAUUAGUGCUGGAAGCGCACAUUCGAUUCUGCGUGGGUUAGUUUGGUUUUAGUCGUACGGUCUACUGUUCAGAUGACAUGAAUUGAACUGCGUUCUCUUUUUCCAGUUUUCUAAUGUUUGUACUCUAGUAACCGUAGGCCUGUAUAUAAAUCUGAAAUAUCAGACACGCAUGCAAAACUGUACUCAAGAGUUCCAUCUUAGGAUGCAGCGAUCGGUUUUAUUGACGUUUUUAGCGAAAGCAUGUAACACCAAGUUUAUCUGCAUUUGUGGACAGGAGAGUAUUUGUGUAAUUUGUAUGCAUGUGUUGUGGUUAAUAUCAGUUACAGCCCUGUUUGCUCACCCUGGUUAUAGGUGUCGUGAUGCAUCGUUUGCAUUAUCGCAGAACGUUUUUGUUAUUGAACGAGAACUAAAGCUUUAUUGAUUCAAAGCUAUACUUUGAUCAUUAGAAUCACUUUUAUCUGCUUACAGUCAGUCUUUAACUCUGGAUUGUACACAUGAGCAUCAAGUUACUGAAUUGCCUUAAACGCACUCAAGUGUUUCUGUGGGUGAGUGGUUUUUAUAUGGCUUUUUUUUUUUAACCAAGCUUCAGUUGCUUGCAUCUGAAAUGAAAAUCCUUCAUAUGUUGGCGAGUUUAACUCUAUGCUCUUCCCAUUCACCAUUAAGAGAUGUAAUUAUGUUGACAGCCUCUCAUGGUUUUGUCUAAAGUACUGACUUCGAUAACUGAAAUUUUGUAAAUACCUCUGAUUGGCUAUUGUGUUCAUGCACUCAUCAGAUAUGUCUGUGAUUGGCUACAAUGACAUCAAUGAAGCUCUUCACCGAUGGUAGCGUCUAUCACCAGACCGCUCCCGCUUUCAAAUUCAAACACUUACGUGUGUUUUCAAACGCUCCCGUGCAUUGAUCAUUGUAGCCAAUCACAGACAAUGGCCAAUCAGGUGUUUACGAAUCCGCUCAACAGCGCUCAAAGCAUCACAUUUUUAAAAAUUUCAGUAUCGAAGUCGGUACUUUUGACAACACUUGGAAAUAAGACCCAAUGCUUUUCAAAUGCCCCUUGCACACGUGUGGUAUCUAUACCUGUAUACAUUUCACUUGAAUUCAACAGUAGUUAGAAAGCAUUUAUUCAGAACUCCUAAUAUUUCCCAUAUCACCCUCUGUCCUGCUUUUAGUAAUCAUGCCGAAGCCUCAGAGAUCCACACUCCUACUUCUGCUGAUGUUCAGUGUUUUUGAAUGUCCCUGUGAACGUCAAAUGCCUCACCACAGUGCAUUUGGUUCUGCUAUACUGUUAAUGAACAUAAUUGAAUGUUUUUAUUGUUUUUAUUUUACUCAUUGAACAACUGCUGUUUUUUUUUUUUGUUUUGUUUUUUGUAAAAAUAUUGAAAAAAGAAAAGUUAAAGUGGCAGGUCACAACUGCUGUUAUUUCAUGUUUUAUGCAUAUUUUAUGUAGGUUUUUUUUUUUUUUUUCGUUUUCUUUUUAAACAUCUGACGUAACAUUUCUGUAUCACAAUUAUAUCGUGGUCAGGUGCCAAAAAUAUGAAUGCAGUAUUGUAUAAAUUUAUACUGUACAAUUGUUAUUUGUCAAACAAAUUGUUUGUAAUUGUUGCAUUUUGUAGAUUUUGUAUGGUAAUCUGUAUUUUGUGACUGUAGAUUUGAGACAUAGAAAUUUGUUUUGGUUAUCAUAUUGAGCAGAAAUUAAAUCUGGAGAGAACAGA